AUGAAGGUAACCACCACCAUUCUCUCUGUCACUGCACCGGGGCCAGCAAUAGAGUCCGAUGCUGCUAAAGCUGCCGCCCUCGCCCGUAACUGCAAUGAGUCUGCCGCCGCCAUCCGGGACGCUCAGCCACACCAGUAUGGCUUUUUCGCAUCGGUGCCGUCCCUGUUCGAUACGGCGGCUGUCUUAGAGGAAAUCGAUUACGCCUACUCCACUCUCCAUGCUGACGGAAUCACUCUAUUUACCCGUUACGGCAAAGGUCCCCAUUACCUGGGCCAUGCAGCUUUUCGACCCAUCUGGGCCGAUCUCAGUCGCCGCGGCGCCGUAGUCUUCAUACACCCGACACAUCCGGUCGAUACCCAGCUCGUUAACCACUGGCUACCACAGCCAAUGUUUGACUAUCCACACGAGACUGGCCGGGCCGCCAUGGAUCUGCUAACCAGUGGCAUUUUGCAAGACUACCCCGGAUGCAAAAUCAUCCUCUCCCACGCGGGCGGGACCUUGCCGUAUCUCAUUCACCGGGCGGCUACUAUGCUUCCCUUGAUGCCACACACACUCGGUCUGUCCACGGAACAGCUGGUGGAGGCUGCCCAAACCUUCUACUUCGACACGGCCAUCUCAUCAAACCCGGUCACGUUGAAAGCGCUCUUCGAGUUCGCUGCGCCCGGCCAUGUGCUUUUUGGCAGUGACUUCCCCAAUGCCCCGCCCGAUGCGAUCCAUCGCUUCACCAACUUUCUAGAGGCCUAUGACCUGUCGGAGGAGACCAAGCGACAGGUUGAUAGUGGGGCGGCAUUGGAAUUGUUUCCGAGACUCAAGGAGACCCCUGAUAGAGCGAGGCUCUGA